AUGUACAUUUAUGGUGAACAGUAUCAUGGCUAUUACUAUCAUUAUGCUCCAUAUGGUGGUGGUUUAUUGUUUAUAAUUAUGAUUCUUCUUAUUUGUUGUUGUUGCAUGUUAAGCGCAACGGAAAUACCGCCAUACGGAUAUUAUUAUGAUUGUAUAUGUUGUGGACCAUGUAUUAAUUGUCAUCCAUUUCAUCGUCAUCAGCAUCAUUUAAAUCCUGUUUUCAUCGUAUAA